UCCCGGCCCGGAGGCGAGGCACCAUGUCGGAGCCCCGCAGCGGAGGAGGAGCGCUGCACAGCGAGAGGGAGCCGGAGGAGGAGCGCGGAGGUGUGGCCUCUGCAGGCAAUGGCAUGGCGGUGGUGGGCGACCUCCCGGUUCCUCAGAACAUCUGCAUCAGUAACAUCACCUGCGACUCCUUCAGGAUCAGCUGGGACAUGACGGAGCUGGGCCGUGAACGCAUCACGCACUUCUUCAUCGACCUGAACAAGAAGGAAAAUCAGGACAGCAACAAGUUCAAACACAAGGAGAUUCCCACCAAGCUGGUGGCGAAGGCGGUUCCUCUGCCGAUGACGGUGCGGGGCCACUGGUUCCUGAGUCCUCGGACGGAGUACACCGUGUCCGUGCAGACGGCGGCGAAGAAGCCGGACGGAGAAUACGACGUGUCUCCGUGGAGCGAGAUCGUUCAGUUCUGCACGGCAGAUUACUCGCUGCUCCACCUGAACCAGCUCCUGCAGAAGGCGGAGCUCGUGUCCGGCCGCAUGCUUCCCUUCAGCGUCUUCUACAGGAACCAGCAGGAGGCGCUGCUGCACCCGGACAGCUGCGGAGACACUCCGCAGCGCCACCUGCUGCCGGCGGUGAAGGACGACAGCGGCAGCCACGGCUCGCCCAUCAGCGGGAAGCUGAGAGGGAUUUUCUUCAGCUGCAACACCGAGUUCAACACGGGCGAGCCGCCGCAGGACUCCCCGUACGGGCCGCACCGCUUCCAGGUUCGCGCCGACCUCCUCUUCAAUCUGAGCACCAACAUCUACUUCGGAGACUUCUACUGCAUGUACACGUCCUACCACUACGUCAUCCUGGUGCUGGCGCCCGCCGGCUCGGGGGGGGACGCCUUCUGCCGGGGACGCCUGCCGCUCCUGGACCGCUCCGGCAACGCCUUCCUGACGUGCCGGGCGGAGGCCGACGGCUCGCUGUCCUUCUGCCACGCCCAGGACGUCAUCCUGGAGGUGAUCUACACCGAGCCGGUGGACGUGACGCUGGGCAGCGUGACGCGCGUCAGCGGCCACCAGCUCAUGAGCCUGUCCACCGCCAACGCCAAGAAGGACCCCAGCUGCAAGGUGUGCAACAUCAGCGCGGGCCGCUAACGCCGCCGCCUCCUCCAGUAACCGGCUAACCAGUGUAGCGGUUAGCAGCUCCACUACUAACUAACUGCAGCUCCCUGUGGAGCACAUGGUGUGCUCCAGCUGUCCUCUGAGACGCACCCGGCUCACAGCGCCCUCUGGCGGUCGGAGGGGCGGUUUCAGGAUGACUUCAACUCAGGAGCUCGUUGUUUGACUUGAAUUCUGGACUUCCUCCUCUGUUUGAAACCUUUCUCCAUUUAUUUUUUUGUUUUCUUUGUGAAAAAAAAAAUCUGUUUUUGGAGGCAAUGGACUUAGAUGAGGACUAAAACUCAAGCUAAUGAGAUCCUUAAUCUCUUUUGUCUCUGAGCAGCACUAAUAGUUUAACCUAUUUACCACCAGGGUGAUCAGAUUUAUUCGAUUUUUAUGUUUGUAAGAGUUGACAAGGCUCAAUCCUUUAUUUUUUUCAUAAUAUGUUCAUCAUUUAGUAUCUAUUAGUUGUGUAUUGUUGACAUAAUGGUACUGCAGGAGUAACGGAGGUCACUAUAAACACUAAGCUCUGUUUCUCUGCUUCCUCACAGUUUUUUGAACGUUCCAGAUAUGAUGAACAGCCUGUGUUCAUGAAGAGGAGAAGUACACAUGUAGAAUCCUGUCAGAGCUGAUAGGAUGGGAGUGUUCAUGGUA